AUGUUCCAAGCAAUGCGACAGCUGCUCAACGAUCUAUUUAAUAAAAAUGGAUCCAAGUCUAGCAUUGAAAGGCAACGCCGGAGCAGACACGAAGCUCGGAAGAACAGAAGAAAUAUACGUCAUGAAAGAAGUACAAGGCAGAAUAAGUAUGGUACUCCUCGCCCCAACUAUAAUGAAUGUAGACGUCGCAGUGUUAUUCAUCAUGAUAUAUCUGAUUUUGCAGCUGGUGAAUCUGAUGCUAGAAGGUUACAUGCCCGAAAUACCCCGCAACCAUAUGAAAAUGCUUUGGCUAGGAAAAGUAUCAAUAGACAUAGAAUCAGUAAACCGAUAAUCGCUCACAAUAAACUUUCGAAAAAUAAAGGUUCUACGUUUUUAGCUUCAUUGAAACGAGUCUUCUCUUCGGAGGAAGAAGAUUUGCUGAAGUUGAAGGAAACAUGCGAUAAUAUUACAAAGAUUAUUCCUCAUAACAAACACCUUCGGUCAGAUGAACAAUCCAUAAUUAGAAAUAGAGUUGUUCAGAGUGAAGCAUUUAAAAGAAAAUUGAAGGAGAUACAAUACGAUAAGACAUUGUUACAACAGUUACAAGGAACAAAAUUGGUAGAUGAUAUUUCAACAAAGAAAAAUUAUAAUAAAAAUGUUUCUGGGAAUAUAUCUGAUGAUAGGGUAUUUUUAUUAGUCGAAAAAAAUAGAGAAUUAAACCAAACCUUGAAUGAAACCACUAAGGAGCUUAACAUAAUUAAAAAAAAUCUUCGAUUUGCUAAUGAAAAAAUCAGACUUUUACAAUCUUUAUUGAGUGAUGUAGAUGAUGACCAUGUGAUCUGGGAUAAGAAAAGGGAUGUAACAGAUAACUACCCUAAAUUGACAUCGAGGAAAGAAAAUGCGGAUGCUACUGCGAGAGGAAGAAAUGAAAACCAACGUCGAUAUAAUAAUCUCUCAGACAAUAAAAUAUAUAAAAAUGACUUUGAUAGCUUUCCUCAUAGUGUAAAUGAGACUCAGAAAAGAAAUAACGAUUCAUUAUCACCGAUUAGGAUUGACUUUACGAAAUAUUCUGAUAUCACCUAA